CUUUUCUUACUCUCUCUCUCUCUUAACUAAAAGAAGGUCGAUACAAUGUUGCUCUUCAAUUGCUCAAAGUGUCAACAACAACUUCAAAACCCAAUUACCCUCUCUUGUGGCUAUACAGUCUGUAUGGCUUGCUUACCUUCUCAAUCAGCUAAUCAACGAUCUACUUUUGUCUGUCCUGUUCAACAAUGCAAAAAAGAAUCACAUCUGUUUGGACCAUGCUUGUCCCUAGACGACAUUGUAGAUAACUUGGCUAAGCAAAACUUAUUACAGCCAGAACACACUCAAGAGACGCAUGAAAAUGCUACUCGUUUACUGCAAUGUUCCAUUGGAAAUCAUAUUUUACAAUCUCCUACUACAAAUCACUGUGGACAUACUUUCUGUAAACUCUGCUUACUACACUAUAAGAUCUCCAACGACCAAUGCAAGCAAUGCCAAAAGCGAUUACCUAGUUACCAGUACAUUCAACAGCAACCCUAUAAUUUCUUACUAGAGAGCAUGUUAGCCACACUCAACGCAUCUCUGAAAGAGAGCGUAGUCACAUCAAAUCAUGUUGUUUCCUUUAGCAAUCUGAACAAGACAGAGUAUGAAUCAUUGCCAGUCUAUCUAUCUGAAUUCCCUGUCUUACCAUCUCAAAAACUGCGUAUCCCUAUCUAUACCGAGGAACACCGGGCCGUCUUUUUAAAUUCCUUGUUGAGAUGUGAAGAAUAUCAGUCCCUUUGCCUUGCUAUGAUGAACAAAGACAAGCUUGACUAUCAAGGUCGAUUCGGUACUAUAGUCAAGAUUACAGGGCUAGAACAACGCAAUAGGGACAUGAUUGUUGAUCUCAUCGGCCUUGACCGAUUCCAAGUAACAGACAUCAAGCAGCAAGCAGAUAAUUUCAUGAUAGCAGACAUUGACAUCAAAUUUGAAGCGCAAGAAGACCUGGCACCUCUUUUGUCUCCUACAAGGCACUGGACUGAAUAUGCACUUCCACAAACUAAGCUCUCGCAACAACAGCUACCUCCUUCUCCUCAACAUUCUAUGGAAGUUAUUCUGAAUCAAGUCAGUCCUCCCAUGUCACCACCUAUCUAUGACACCAUGACACCUGCCAUCAAACUAUCCAAUCGUGUCCAUGAAUUCAUUAGUGCUCUGGCUCAUUCUACUCCCUCUAAAUCAUUCUGCAGUGCUAUUGAAGGUCUUUUGGGUCCUGUCUGGCUUGAAUCUGUUCAAAGUUUACAUGGUCCUUUACCAGAUGCUGAUAAUGCUGUAGCCAUGUGUUGGUGGACUGCUACUGUCCUGCCUGUGAGUAAUGCUGAUCGAUAUCAUUUGCUUGCCUCAUCUACGUUGGAAAAGCGACUUGAAAUCAUUUUAUCUUGGAUUGGCGAUUUAGAAUCUCAAUGGGGAAAUUGUAAACGCACUGCCAUGAAUUCUGCAGCCAAGGUCUGGCAAUAAGAACACAUACAUACAUACAUACAUACAU